UUCCCAAUAGCAAUGGCGAGCAGCAUAAUCUCCAUGUCUCGCGACGCUUCCCCCCGACCCGAAGCCCCAAAAACCUCCACGACAGCUGAGGAAGACGAGCGCCACCACCAUCAAUCUACCCUCAAUGACCCGGACACAACCAUGGCCACGCAGCCCCCCGCAGAUUCCCACAAACCCAGCGGUGCCUUCGAGCCCGAGAAGGACGACCACCUUGAACACCCCAAUGGCGGUUACUACGCGGGUUCCCGCAAGGACUUCCCCUUACCCGCAGACCGCUACCCGCUCCCUCGAGCCAGUGUAAAUCGACUCCUCGAACCAGAGCCGGGUUCAAAGGGUGGCCGCCAACGCAGUUACCUCGAUGACCCCAACCAUUCCAUCCAGGGCUUUUGGACUGAGUCCGGCACUUGGCAGGACUGGCCGCCUAAGUCCCCGCAGCCGCGGGAUGGUGACAAAGACGAUGGUGAACAUGAGGGUCAAAGUGGCGGCGAUGGAAAGGAAGGGGAAGAGGUAGAGAGAGAAGAGGAAGUCAAGGACGAGACCAAGGAGGAGAAGAAGAAGUCCAACAAGGACAGCAAUGGACGCUCUCAUCAAAAUGCUUCGCAGUCCCAUUCACAGUCGCAGUCGCAGUCGCAAGCCCACCGCUCCUCGGAUGAUCAUGAUGCUACUGGUAAUACGAAACGGAGUAACACCGCCAGCAGCAAUUUCCACUCAACCACUGUCAGCGCAACUGUAGGAAUACGGCGACAGGCGAAUGGCACCAUCGGGUCUGUAUACUCGGGCAACAAGAUCCGACAUCUAAAGAAGGAUGAUGGAAUCCCGCUGUGGCGGAAGGAUAUACAGUAUGCGUUUUUGAAACUUGUUUUCGAGGAUAAGACCCCUGUGUUUACGCGGCUGUCAGACGGUGCAAAAGGGCUGGAUUUUGCAGAUAUAUACAUCGAUGCCAUGGCGAGGAGUAGCAAGACCAGCAAGAUUCUGAAAGACAAGUUACAGAAUGAUAAGGCCGCAGCGAUUAGCAUGGCUAUGGUUUGUCUGUUGGUGAACUUCGGGAGGAUGAAUACUACCCUUAACUUCUUUCCGGAAAUGCGCGCUCAGCUACGAACAUACCACUCUAUCCCCUCCCUACAAGCCCACCAGGACCCAAACGCCUACAAACAGCUUCAAGACGCGCCCAGGCUUAAAUCAAUCCUAAAGGGUGCCUCGGAGGACACCGAUCAACCAAACACCAUCGAAAAAAUCAAGCAGGCGUCCAUCCCCCGUACAAACCCUGUAAACCUCAUCUUCGUCCUCUCACAAUAUGCUCCACGAAUAUCCGAACUACACUUCUUCGCUCCCCGCGACUUCUUCGACUUAGUCAUGCGCUCCAGUCUGAGCAGUAGAAGUCGCGCAAGGGCUUUUCUUUGGCUCAUGUGGUAUUAUCUCGAAAGUGACUUUUCGACACAUGAUGCUUUGAAUAAUCCGUUUGGACCGGGACUGGUUGGCGAAGGCACUGAUGGGCUGCCAUUGAAGGUACCGGCCUUUGAGCCGCUAACAGAGGCCGAGGCUGAUGCAGAAAAUGUGGAUACGGCGGAAGAGAUUCGGUAUGGGGAGGAGAAGCAACGGGAGAGAAAGCGGAUCCUGGAAGAAGAUGAUACUACUUUCAGGUCGGGCAAGAGGCCAAAGAAAGGCCCAGCUCUUGACUACACGAGCGAUGACUUAAACUCUGAGCUUGGAACAGGAGACAGACAAAGUAUGACUGGCCGCACCACAGGCGCUGAAUACAAUGUGGACGACGAAAUAGAGUUGCCAACCCGAUACCGCGCAGGACGGCGCGCCAAGCGCGAAUCUUCGACAAACCGCUCUUCUUUCAGAACUACGCAGCCGCGCCGUCUCGUCCUCAAGACGCGAAUGGACCAGACGCCAGACGCCAUCUCCCCUGCCCCUCCCGGUUCAGCACAUCCGGUCCUCAACCAGUUCGGUGCCGGUCCCAGCGCUCGUGCAAGCUCUAGUUCCCGCGCCGUAGGAUCACAUCAACACCAGCCCGCGGGUAGCGGCAGCGCCCGCCGCCCCCGUCCGUUAACCCAACAUCAGCUUGCUGUUGAGCAAAACCGCAAACAACGUGUCGAUUACCUCCUUGCUCAACGCCGGACGGAAGCACUAAAGGAAAUCCGAGCACGCCGUCAGGGCGAGGUCCCCUUCGUGCGGGCGGGGCGGUUAUUACAGAACCUGCCAGAGGAUUAUGAUACGGAUGAUGAGGAUUCGUGGGGGAAAGGCGGGGUGUGCCCGCACCCCGACGGAGAGGAGGAUUAUGGCGAGGCGGCGGGGUUUUACCUUUCUGUGCUGAAGAGAGCGGCGAGGAGGCUACAACGGUGGGAUUGGGAUUGUAUGGUUGAGGAUGCGAGGAGGAAAGCGGAGAGGGAGAGGGAGAGAGAGAGGGAGAGGGAGAGGGAGAGGGAGAAACUGGCUGAAGCUGAGGCCGAGGCUGAGGCUGAGAGGCAUCGGGCUGCCAUUGGUGAUGGGGAUGUGUCGUUCAUAAAUGAGAUUCGUAACCCGGCUGCCGAAGCUGAUAAUGACAACAUCCUCACCCCCACUCGUCCUUCGAAACCCAAAAGCCGCUCAAGACGGAAACCGAAGGCCGUGGCAGAGCCGACUGAGGAAGAAGGGGUGCCAGAGAAGAAACCCCGCGCGAGACCGGGGACGUCAACCCGUAGUCGCCAGUCUACGGGUGGUGGGCGGAAGCAGCGGGCAUCAACUGGGCGCUCACGCGCGACUGGUGCUACCUCUGCUACACAACCUGUGGCUAAUACAGCUGAUACAAACACGGAAACAACUACGACAAUGAAGGGAGAGAAGGGCGGUGACGCUACUACUGCCUCUGAUCAUCUAUCUGUACCGGAUGUCGCCAACGCGGGCGCAACGCCCUCUUCAGACGACUUAAGUCAUGCCGGUGGAGAUCGGGAUAGGGAUGCGGCUCUCGAUGAUAUUGAUAAUGAGUUGUUAGGAGAAUCCAAUGGGGAUGGAGAUGGCAAAGCACGUCCUCGUCCGCGGAAGCGCAAGCGUCGCGACGACGACGAUGAUGAUGCCAUGCCAGCGCCGGAAACUACAACCCUACAGGCAGAGGCAGAGGCAGAAACAGAAGCAGAACGCGACGGUGAAAGCGAGUCUGCAGACGCAGAAAUGGGAAUGGAAGUCGAAGUGGAGGCAGAAUCCGACGCAGUAGCGCCCUCCUCAUCUCCCUCGGCGGUUCGGUCUCACAAGGAGCAGCAGCACCAGCUGCAAAAGGCAUCACGACCGCUCCCACCUCUGGACGCACCAAGGGCGGAACAGCCUGGGGUUGAAGAGUCGUUGCCGGGAGACGUAGCAGUGCCGAAACCGCGCUAUUCUAGCGCUGUGAUGGUGGAUUCUUAUCGGGAUAGUGAUGUUGAGGGAUCAAGUUACUUGGGUGAUGGGGACGGGGAUGAGACGAUGCUUAGUGAGCACAGACAGGGUCCGGGGGAUGAUACGGAUGAGAUUGAGGAGGAGGACGAUGAAGAAGGGGAGGAGGAGGGGGAAGAAUCUGGCGAAAAUCAUGGUGAUGACGAUGAUGGUGAUGAUGACGAUGAUGGUGAGAGUUUGGAGAUGGAGGGGGAGAGUGAUGGCGAUCAAGUUAUGGCUGACGGAUGAAUGGAUGUGGUUUGCGCUAUUUUUCUCUUUUCUUGCGUCUUCUUCUUUUUCUCUUCUUAUUCUGCCCGUUUUUCUAUAUAUACUUCCUAAUGAAUGGGACCUUUACUCUCUGUAUGGUAUCUAUGCUUUUCCCACAAAGAAACUAAAAGAAAGAAAGACAGCGGAGAGAGCAAACUUCCCGUUAGAGUCAAUGGAGCUGUGAGUUCUGACAGUGUAGAAAUCGAGUUGACUGCGAGGAGAUAACAUCGAGCUUUUCGGCAAUCCAUGGAAGAAGGCAAGUGAAAGCAAAGCAAUACAUACAUACAUUCACUGCGACAAGCUCCUCAGCAACAACUUGGCAGCAACAACAUUUCAGUCUGCAUCCCACAGCAGCAAGCCGCGGAUAAGUUACCAUUGAUGAUGCUGGGUAGAAAAAGAUAGAGAGAAAGAACCCUUCUUAUUAGGCAGAGAAUGGUUUAUCAGACUGGAAAACCCACUCACUUCUAUUGAACAAAUUACUCUUUUAUUUAUUAUCAGAUAAUAAAUCAAUUUCAUUCUGAUGAUAGACAAUUUCAUUUCAACACCAACUCAAUCAUGAAAAAGGUUCUCAUGAGAUCAAUUUCCACACUAUCUAACAUCGCUGUCUCUACAGUGUCUUCAUCUGCAGAGUGAAUGAACGCAGCCCGGUGUAUUGACAUCAAAAAUAUAUCUAUAUAUAUAUAUGUAUGUAUCGGACGCGGUUCUGUAG